CACAGACACAGACGCACACUCUCUCAGUCGGACAGCAGAGAUGAGGCUGUAACACACACACACACACACACACACACACACACACACACACACACACACACACACACUGCGCCUGAUCCUGUGACUCUGCAGCACCAUGAAGAGGAGCUCUCUGAACUUUCUCAAACAGAAGAGUCCAAACCUGUUCGACACCAACGUCCAGAUCAAACACUACGACAAUGUGGAGUUUAAGCUGGACUCAGCGGCCAUCCCGGAGUCCGGCACGGCCAAAGUCCGAUCCAGACCCACCGUCAAACACUUCAGCACAUCUGGAGAUGGUGCGCUGGGAUUUGCAGUUCCCACCCCUACGGUUCCUGUUUUGCCGCCUAUGAACGGACCCCAGAGCCACACAGGAAGCACCGAGAAACUCCCUAAUGGAAGCAUGAUCAGUGUUGCUGACCCAGAGGAAGGAGAGAUUCUGAUUCCUGCUCCUCCUUCUGUAGCACCCCCACCACCACCACCCCAGUUCAUCCCUCCAUCACCACAACAUAUCCCUCCUCCACUGGAGUUUUUUGGGGAUCUGGACCCACCUGUAGAUCUGGCAGCAUUGCAGCCACCUUCCAUGCCUCCUCCCAAACCACCAUCAAUAAGUGGCUCCACAAUAUCAGAGGAGCUAGACCUGGCAUCCCUCAAGCCUCCACAGAUGGCUCCCCCAAAACCACCCACUGACAUCCCCAGCCUGACGAACUCUGACCCCAUCUCCAGCCCUAUAAACGCUGUUCAGGGCAUCCCAGAGUGCCCCAAAUUCACCCCUCCACUUCCUCCUGUGGAGAAACCCCAGUCUCCACUUACCAAGGCCCAGAAGAUGCCUCCUCCAAAGCCGGUCAGGCUAUCCUCCAUCUAUAAUCUCACUGAGGUAACCCCAGCUCCCACCCCUGCAUCAACCCCAGCCUCCAGCUUCAACCCCCAGACCACAGCCAAGCUCUACAAUGUGCCUAAAACGACAGUGCUCACCAGCCAAGCCGACCGAGAGAUGAGGGCUCAGCACAUCCUGCUCCUAGAGGACACUUCCGGAAACCCAGUUGGAGUUCACGUCAAUGGGAGAGCCCCUUUGUCAACAAAGGAAGUGAGUCCAGCUCAAGAUGUGGUUCCCCCAGUCAAGCCAGUGCGUCACAACAGCUCAGGUCUCCAGCUGGAUACAGAUGUACUGGAUGGACAGGAAACACUUCCCAAUGAAAUCACGAAACCAGACAGGGCCACCAAUGAGGAGCUUGCAAAAGGAGCGACAUUACAGGAAGUUUCGAAUAAGAUCCCAACUCCUGUAAAAGGUUCCCCCAAUACAGAAAGGGCUCUGGCCAUGCCAUCAGCACAAGAGGUGAGCCAAGUAAAGGAACUGCCAGGGUCUCCAAGCAAACCACGCUCCUACAGUCCGUUGCUGAACCGCAAGCUGCACACCCUGCGGGGCCACGAAGGAUCAAGUGGGAAAGAAACUGCUGCCUCUCCACUCGCCCUGCUGAAGGCUGCUAAGGAGCGAGAGAAGCAACGAUCGGCUCUGUCUAGACAGAGCAGCACCAAAAGCAGCAGCUCUGCUGAAUCAUUGAAUGUUGGCAUCCAUCCAAAUGAGAUCAGACCCAACUCCUUCACCAUCACCCCAGCACCGGCUUCCUCAGAAAGUCUCAACACAGAGCCCAAACAGUCUAUUCCAAUGGAGUCUCAACCCAAAUCUCAGAGCCCAAAGGUUUCCAGACCAGAACUUUCCACAGUCACCCAUGCUGCACCCUCAAGUAAUCCCGUGAAACAUCUCACUGACCCCACAUUAGCAUCCCCACCUAGUCAGGAAGAUGGUAGUGAGGGUGCUGUUCACUUCAUCCCUCCCCCACCAGAAUUUGCUAAUUCUGAUCCAGAAGAUGAAAUCCCACCCAGCAUACCUCCACCUGACCCACUUGCAAAAAGUGUUGCUCAAUCUGUAAAAUCCAUUCCUGCCACCAAUGGCCCUGCUGCUCCACCAAAACCCAAAACAUCCAGCACUGCGGCAUCACCUUCAGCUGCUCCCAGCACUGAGCCAAAACUUAAAAAGCUCCAAAAAACCACAGGCCCUACCAGGACAGCCACCAGUUCAAGUCCCAGCUCCACCACUGACCCAACCCAAAACACAGACCCAAACACAAACUCCCACCCACCAGCCCAACUCAAAACCCAAAUUCCAGCUCCACCAGCAACCCAACCUCCAGCUCCACCAGCAACCCAACCCAAAACCCAAAUUCCAUCUCCACCAGCAACCCAACCUCCGGCUCCACCAGCAACCCAACCCAAAACACAAAUUCCAUCUCCACCAGCAACCCAACCUCCGGCUCCACCACCAACCCAACCCAAAACACAAAUUCCAUCUCCACCAGCAACCCAACCUCCAGCUCCACCACCAACACCACCCAAAACCCAAAUUCCAGCUCCCCCACCAACCCAACCCAAAUCCCAAAUUCCAGCUCCACCACCAAAGCAACCUCCAGCUCCACCACAAACCCAACUCAAAACCCAAAUUCCAGCCCCUCCACCAACCCGAGCUCCAGUUCCACCACCAAGCCAAACCAAAACCCAACUUCCAGGUCUACCACCAACUCAACCGAAGACCCAACCUCCAGCUCCACCACCAAUCCAACUCAAAACCCAACCUCCAGCUCCACCUCCAGCCCACCCCAAAACUCAAACCCAGGCACCACCACCAACUCAACCCAAAACCCAAAUCCCAGCUCAACCCCCUCCUUCUGUCUCUGCCAGCCAGGCCACCCUGCUCAGCAUCCUCCAGAAGAAGAUGCUAGAAAUGGACCCCAAAUUUGCUCCAGCACGAGAGACAGACUCCAGCGGGGACGACUGGAACUCCCCCCUGUCCGAUGACGAUGGGGCAACAAGUCCUCCCCCCAAAACCAGCCCCAAACCCAAGACUACAACCGUGCCCAUGCAGUCACAAGGCCUAGACAUGAAAGAACUGGAGGCCAAAGCUGCUAAAAAAGCUCAGGACCUUGCUACCAAGGCACCAAGAAAUGGCCCUCAGUCCAAGCAGCAGUUUGGCAUGACUUUCACCAUUAGACCUGGAACCAAACAGCCCAUCACUCCUGUGAUAAAGACAGACUGAUCAUGGCUGGAACUCCUCGGCUGCUUCUCGUAGCGCCUGUGUAUAAAGUAAAUACGUUGGGACCUUCAGUCGGAGAGCACACAGAUACAGUCCUGCACAGGCAUUAAGGACGUAUUUUUCCAGCAGCAGGUUUUUCGUUCCUGUCGCUGUAUUGAAUUUCUGCUGCAUGUGCGCCAAAGUCUAGGCUGGAUUUGUCCUCUGUAGGUCUUUGGCUGCUUCCUUAUCUGAGUGUAAACAGCACACACCACCAGCCAUGCCUUAAAAUGGACCCUGUGUGAAGCAGAACUCUGUACCUUCGGCUUCAGAGAUAAACCUCUGGAGCCUUAUUUUGGCUCUAUUUUUAAACUGAACUUUGUUGCUGCUGCUAGAAUCUUUUCAGAAAGCCUGAAAAUGGACUUUAAAUGCAGGCAGAAAUAUAGGAAAUACAGAAAGUAUGUCAACUGUAAAUAUAUAUGUAAACAGAAAACACAGCGGGUGCAGGGCAGCAGGUCGUUCUUUGAUGUUAUUGUGGUCCAUUUCUGAUCACGUCUUGUUAUUGUACACAAAGAAAGUGCCAUUAUCCUCCUCCCAGAGGGAACCCAACAGCGGCUUUGACUCAAGGAUCCGAACUGGAGUAUUUUUAUUUUUUUAUUUCCUUUGUAAACAUCUUAUAAUUGUUUACAGAGGUUAAAAAUGUUAGUAGACAAUCUUCCACUAGAUCAAGUCCUGGGCUGGACAAAGCUAGAUGACUUCAGAAAGCCCAGGUUCCAUGUUCAGGUGUAAUAAACAUGCUCUGUAAUGAACUUCAGAGCUUUACAGACUCUACAGAGGAAGUUCUCAAAGCUCAGACGAGCUCGGUUUGUGCUUUAGCACUUGGCUUGGUUUGUUGGAGAUAUGAGGCCUCCAACAGCAGCGAGAUGCUGCUAGAGACCUCUAAUAUCAAAGCACUGCUUUGCAUGUAAGUCUGCGCUGAAACAGACACGCUUUGUAAAUAACACUAUACUGGACUGUUAUUCUCUGUACCUCUGUUUGAUUAGAGAAACACGCAACAGCCGACGUUUAACAGCGUUUAGAACGUUUAUUAGAGAUGUGGGGGUAAUAUAUUUGUAUGCAGUUUGUUUGUUAUGCAGUCCUGGCUGUUUAUCUGAAUAUAUAAAAAGGGUUAUGGAAACACAAAUCCAGAAAUAAAACAUGAGAACAUCUG